AUGACGUAAAAAUCCCGCGACUUUGAACCGGUAGUAAAGUAAACUUUAAACACGCGUGACUCCCCUCCACUCGGUGUUCAUAAGAAGACACCGGUGUUUAUUCAAUCGCUUCGUGACAGGCUUGGGUGUGAAUUUGAGUCCAGCAUGAGUUCGUCAAUGCCGCAGAAGCGUUACUACAGACAGCGGGCUCAUUCAAACCCGAUGGCUUAUCACUCCUUUGAUUAGUGAGUGUUUCUGUGUGUCUGUCUGUCUUUCUGUCUGUGUCUGAGUUCAGUUAAACACAGAGAGCACAUAUAAAGAUUUGUUGUUCGGUUUGUCAUCCUCAUGUGCAUGUGCAAUGUAUCAACUGGCUGUAAAAUGGAGGAAAGGCUGAGUUUACUCCAUGACUUUGCUCUUUGUUGGUAGUUUAUGAUAGGUAUGAUAGGUGCAGCGUUUCUGCCUUGGUCCUCUUUCUUAACAAAGAAGCUGACAUAUAAAUUAUCUGCACCACUACAGCUCUCUGUUACUUUUGAUGUUUCUCCUCCUUCUCUUCUCAGUCCAGUCUGUCCUGAGGAGAUGGACUGGUCCGAGCUGUAUCCAGACUUCUUCAAUGGUAACCCCUCUGAUAAAGACACCCCCAGGGUUGAGUUUGCAGACAUUGGAUGUGGAUAUGGGGGGCUUUUAGGUACAGGUCUAACCCCAUGCAUUAGUUUUCAAACUUUUAUCUCUGCUCUAUGUUAACUAAAUGUCUUCUUGCUUUUUUGUCAUCCUCCUCCCUCAGUGGAGUUAUCUCCUCUGUUUCCAGACAAGCUCAUGCUCGGCCUGGAGAUCCGAGUGAAAGUAUCUGAUUACGUCCAGGAUCGGAUUCAGUCACUGCGUGCCUCUGAGCCAGGAAAGUACCACAACAUCGCCUGCCUUCGCAGCAAUGCAAUGAAGUACCUCCCCAACUUCUUCUCUAAAGGACAGGUAGGUUUGGAUAAAACGAAUGAUGUGUGUGGGUCUGUUGAUUUGCAGUCUAUCUAGUCCUUUCAAGCAUAAUUUCAACACCAGGGCUAGGGCUGGGCGAUAAAACAAUAACAAUAUAUGUAGAAAAUUAAUUUCCCUCAAUAUCAGUAUAAAACAUGGUCAGUAUCCUUUUCAAUAGUCCGUAUUCUGCCAUGUUUUGGUAGACUAUACAAAUAGCCAAUGAAAAAGGGAGUUGCUGAACCAAUCAUGUGCUGAAUUAGAACCAAGUAGCAGACAACUGCGUAGUAGCAGGCUGCAGCUACAUGCAACCAUAGUAUUUUAACAUGUGAAGCUGACAGCACUGUCGGUGAGAAAAAAGAAAAUGAGUGCAACCCCCCACAGAAAUGCAGAUGAAGAUUCAACAGAUGACGACAUCGUCGACAACACUGGCGCGAAAACGUCAGUGGUGUGGAGGCACUUUUGUUCUUUUAAGUCGGACAUGAAGCAGAGUAAUGUGCACUGCAAAUUAUGUCGAGGACGUGUUCUCGUAAAGCCGGGGAAUCAAAUCUUUUUCACCACCUGAAUCAGUGCUACACGGCAGAGCACAUGCAAUGCAAAAGAUUACAAAUCCCGAGCGGAACAAGUGCAGCCCAUGGUGCCUGUGCAGGUGUGACAGCUGACCAUUCUCUAGCACAACGCCUUACGACACAAUGUCAAAAAGACUCAAAGACCUCACAGAUGCAGUAGCUUAUUGUAUUGCAAAAGACAUGCCACCAAUAAGCACUUAAAUUUCAUUUAAGAGUAACGGGGAACAUUUAAGAUUGACAAGUGAUUUUUUUUUCAUAUCGUGAUAUAUAUCAAUAUCGACUGAUAUGAAAAAAAUAUAUUGUGAUAAAUUUUUUCCCAUAUCGCCCAGGCCUACAACACCGUAGACAGAAAUUUGGAAGCCAGUUUUUAGUUACCGUUUAGGGUUAUAGUACUAUGUCACAACCACAAGAUGACAAAUCCACAUACAUUUGUCUACAAUUGCAUAAGAUUAUUAUCUUUGAAUGAUGCAUUUUCAGGUAUUGCAUCGUAAACUCCAUAGGGACAACAAUACUAAGUUGUCUUCAUAUUAAGAGUUUAGUUUUAAACUCUUACUUUAUGCUUGUUCGGCCGUAUAAGAGUGUGGGCUUUUUCGGGAAUAAGGAUGUGUGUGCAUUAUUGCACACACAGAUUCACAAUAGGAAAAAAUGUAUGCAAGUAAAAAAAACAAUUACACAACAAUACUGCUACUUUCAAAAUACAACAAGAAAAACAUGUUCAAUUUAGAUAAAUCUAAAUAGAGCCAAGCAGGUACAAAAUUUGCAAUGGAGAGCUGUAUAUUUGAGCAGGAAGGUGCAAGAUGAUGGUGAUCGCAAAACCCAUCUGUGUAUAAAUAUAAAUCGGGCAAUGUGAUAUAAAACAGGCAAUUCUUCAGUCUAGUAUGUGUCCAGUCUGAGGAAGAAUUUUAACAUGACUGCAAAAGUUGUCUGAAAGCACACUUUUACAUUUUAAUGGCUAGAUUAUGAGUCAUAUCAUAUUCGUAUUCAUAUUUACAGUCUACAAUGUACAUGUGUGAGUGAAAUGUUUUCUUGCUUAUCAUGGUCAGGGAAUGCAGCAAAAACAAGAUAUAUAAAGCAAGAUAGGUAGUGAUUUCCACUACAGAGUCAUGUGUGUUUCUAAUGCAGUGCUGCCUGAGGCCAUGAAGAUUCAGACCUUUCAGUGUUGAUUUUUGGUCUUGUCUCUUUUAUACAGAGAUUUUUCCAGAUGGGAUGAUUAUUUGAAUGCUAUUAGGAGAUAAAUUAGGAUAUAAAAUCCAAAUUUGUAAUAUUACCCUGAGGAAAGUUAUCAUGAAAAUGUUAUUUUUUUUUCUUUGCACUGUUUCAUCAUUGAUAUGUUGUCCUCGCAUUAUUAUUUUAAUCAAAAGUAGAAUUUAAAUGACUUGCAGGCCAUGAGAAAGCAUCCCAACUUUUUCAAAAUUGUGUGUAUUUUAGUUUAAGUUUCUGAAAAAAAUCACUGUAAAUGCAUUUUGCCUUUUUCGAAUGUUACCUUCCUUCACACAGAUAGUUUUACUAACACCUAGUUUUAUCAUUAUCUGAUCAGACAGUGAUACAAAAGGCCCAUCAUCUUCCCCACUCUUGACGUUAUGACAUUGUUUGAUGCCAGCCAUGUCCUUCUGGAUUCUCUGUCAGUGGGACAUUCACUUCACUGUUUAUCACAGCUUAUCCUUUUUGUCUCAGAUACACGUUCAAAAUACUUUUGUUCAAGCCACAAAUUUAGCUCCAUCUGACUCUAAGUACAACAAGAAACUGUAGAAAUAAUACAGGAACUUCACAAGAAUGUUGUGGAAAAUAUAACCGUCAAUGUGAGAUGACAUCUGUUACCCAAAAAAGUGGUAUUUGCUAAUUGAAAUGAUAACUUUUUUUAACUGCUAUUGGUGUUAGCUACCGCAUUUAGCCACUCAACUGUCUCAGCUUCUACAGUAGUACCAAUAAGACUGACAAUGGAUGGUACAGACCUUUAUACAGGAGCAGCUGCUCUGGUCUUGACUUCUGGCUCAGGAUGUCAUGUCCAAUGUGGGCAAAACAGUUAUAGAGAAAAAAAAUGAAUAAUGGUAAUUGAAAAUGUUGAUAACUUAAGUCAUAGCGUCAGUACUGACCCUUUUAGAGGUUAAUAAAGAUAUGUUUGUUGAAUCCAAACAGACACCAGUCUUCUGCAUGGGAAGUUAAAGUAAGGACAAAAUCAUUUGUGGUUUCCCAUAACAGGCACAUGUCAGUCAAAUUAAAACAAUCUUUUUUUUUUUUCUCAUUGUAUGUUGACACAGCAUCUAGCACCCAGCCACACUCAUUAGGUUGGACAAGCUUAUGCUAGAAUAACAUAGCACAGCAAAGCAAUGCAGGAUUCAGUUUCUGGAAUUAGGCCCUUCGCCUGCUCUGUUUCAUUUAGGUCAUUGUGGUUGCGGCUAUAAUAAUAAUAAAAGUUCAAACUGGCAGUAAAGACAGAGAAGCUGUGCUGUGUUUGUGGUGCUUUCUAAAAACAGCAUUCACCUCCUUUAAUUCUUGUAUUUCACUGUCGUAUGAAGUACAACAGAUGGACAUUUUUUGGCUUUUUAUGCACUGCUAUAUAUGGAAAAGUAAUACAAAGGAUACUUGAUAUAAAUCGCGGCUCAUAUAUGGAAAAGGCCUGGGGUCGUAUAACAGCUCAUCUGGGCGGCCUGUAAUAACCUUCAGAGAAAGCUGACAGUCUGUUCUGGUACAGCCAAGGCAAUAAGAAUAACAGCUCAAAUGUUUCUGACUGUAAAGUAAUUACUUUCCUCAUGUUUAACAUAUGGACUGAAUUAAUUUAUACGGAUUGCUCAAUAAAUCCAGGAUUUCCCAACAAUGGGGUCAUUGACUGACACGCAAGGCAUCGCAUCAGCUGAGUGUAGGGCAGUGCAUUUAUCCGUUCCAAUUAGCUGCAGUAAUCUAUGACUUGUUAAAACUCGCAUUAGAUUACACAGUAGGCUUAGUGUACCAGGGUAAAUUUAGGUACCCUGGAUAAAAAAAAAAAAACCUUCACCUCAGAUGCCCUCGACUGAGUACUAAAGAAGAAAUAAAUGAAAGAAAAUAACCGCAGUAAGAGUCCUUUACAUAUGGAAUAAUAAUUUUAUCAAGUUUAGAGGAAAAAAAAACAUUUAUUUGAUACCUCUUGACAUAUUUAGUUUUAGUUUUACUUGCUAAUAAAACUGCUCAAACGCUUCGUGUGCUCAGGAUCUUUCCUCUUCAGAAAUUUUUAGUUUGCCAUUUCAGAUUUAUUCUUAGACAGUCUAAGUUCAGGUCUUUUGCCAAGCUGAGAUUGAAAAUGUUGGACUCAAAUAGACUCUUUUGAAAGAGAAGGUUGACUUGUUUUUAUAUUAACCAAAACUUUUGACUUGAAUUAUUUGCAAGGGAUAGAUAUUUACCAGAAUGCUUGACUGUUAGUUGUCUUCUUUGUUCAUGGUUGUUAACAAAACUGUCUUUACAAGGAUUUUCCAAGCUCAAAAAGAAAAAAGCGACCACCCAGACAAGAGCUCAGAAUCAAGUCCCAAUCCUUCUCACAUGCAUGAUCUGUUUUAAGCGUUGAAGCAGCAUAUUCUAAAAGCCUGAUAUCCUUUUUUCCCCCCUUCCUCUUAGUAUGUUUUGUAACCCAAAAAUAAUUCAAAGUGUGAAGGUUUUUCCAUCUUCCAUCAGCACUGACAUGGCCCCUGAGGCUGCGGCAAUCCCCAGUGAUUAAACCCACAUCUUUCUGUCUAUACCUGACAUUAUUUAUUCUAACCAAUAAAAAGUUACUGGGGAGGUUUUUAAUGUAUCAGCCAGACUAAUAUCAAUGGAGCCUUCACUUGAACUCCUGUCAAAGAAAGAGACACAGGGAACUUUAUGGAAAGAAAAAUCAAGAAGGGAAAUUCCAGUUUUGCAAUCCAUGGUUUGUAAAUCUUGCCACAAAAAAAUAAUGGAGCCCACAUUUAAAAGAUGAUAAUUAUAUAUUUUAGCACUGCGGUAUCAAAGAAGACAAAAAUGGCGCCGUUUUAGUUUGAUCUCAUGUGUGGGAAAUAAUAACUUGUGUUUAAAAGAGCAUAUUUUUCUCACUUUGUGGUAACUGUGCUGAUUUUUUUCCCCCCUUUUUUGUCAUUCAGCUCAGUAAGAUGUUCUUCCUCUUCCCUGACCCUCACUUUAAAAAGACCAAGCAUAAAUGGAGGAUCAUCAGCUCCACUCUGUUGGCAGAGUACGCUUACACACUGAGAGUCGGGGUAUGUAUACAAAUACACUUGUUGCAAAUGUGGUAAAAAAAUAUUGAAAUUGACACACUUCAAUCUUUGUGUUUAACUUUUUUUUUGUUGAGAAUACUGAGGCUGUUUUUACUGGUAUAACCCCAAAUCACAAAGAACAUUGAGUUUCAGGAGGUUAUAGAUGAGGGAGAAUCCUCCUCCCAAAAUACCUAAAAAUUCAAAAAGAGCAAAAAAAAAAAGGGUUUUCUGUCUCUCUGGACUGACAAGCAGUAUGUGAACCAUCAACAGGAUAACUGCAUCCAAACUAUAAAGCACAAAUGAUAUCUCCUCUUACCUAACAGUGUUAAAUAAUUGGUUCUGAUUGGUCAAAACCCUACAGUUGAACAAUCAGAUCACACACAACUCACUAAAUAUAUCUGUGUAAAGGAGUCUGGUUCAUUUAAACACUGCUUGUUGACACUGUGGCAAAACAUUAGUUUCCAUCUCAUCUUGCUUGUCUGGACAGUGACAAAGUAGUGACGGUGAACAGGAACAGAUGUGAGAACAGCCGUAAGAGUGCUGAGCUCCUAAGGCUGAAUCUCUAUACGUUGUCUCUUACAUAAUGCGGCUCCUUAGUGUAGUUUUCCAGUUAUUUUCUUAGUCAUCUUAUCAUUGACAACACACUGGCAUAGAUUCAGAAACUUUAUUCAAACUUUUUAACAGUCAAUUCAGCCAAAUACAGGGAAAAGCAUGUUUCCCUAUACGCCAUUAAAAGUUUCUCUUGAUUAAAGGACACAUCAAUUUUCUAGGAGUUGCUGUAAUAUCUUUAAAAAAUCCAUUUUCUUUUCUUUAAGAAUGAAAAAAACAGGUGUGCCUUAGUUUUCUGGCAUGGUAACCCCCAUCAUCACAUUUUGUCGUAGCACUGAGCCGGCGCUUGAGGGAAGUUUUGUAGCUCCCCUGUGUAAUUCUGGACUGAAGAUGAAAAAAAACACUCUGGGUUGUUUGGAUUACUGUAAACCAGUUACGAUUAUCUUGGGUGUUGUAAAGCCAAGAGUGCAGCUUGAUCUUGGCAAAUAUUGUCUGAAGGGAUUUUUUUUUUGGUACACUAUAGAAUAGCUUAAUCCAAGGGUUUCUGACAUAAUUCAUGAUUUACUUUCACAGCCAUCCACAGAACAGACCAGGAUGGCUUUUCUUGAGUUCUUCUCCUCAUCAUUUUGUUAAAACUAAAUCCAGCAUGAUGGGUAGUUUGAAGUUCCUAAGUCAACCCAGUACAUGUUCACAAACAGUUCAGUCUACCAAUGGGUUCCAUAAACAAUCCAAAAUCCCAAAUUAGACUUUUGCCAGCAUUAGUCUUCAAAAUACUUUUGUGUCGCCGACAGAAUUCAACGUUUUUUUUUGCUUUUGUCAAAAAACAUCAAAUAAAUUAAUGUACUAAAUGUGGCUGAAAAAUCUCAAAACCUUAUCAAAGUUGUAAAGCAGAUAGCCUUCCCCUCAUCAUUUGUACUCGCAGUUCGCUGUAUCCACAGACAUCGAGCAGUUCACUGAAAUAAAAUGGAGCAAACUGUGUUUCCAGAAAAUGGUUGAUUUGCACACACACCCAGCAGCUGCCUGUCAGAGCAACAGAGGGACAGAGGAACAGGGUGUAUGCGCCAGUGGAGAUUUUUGAGGAACAAUGAAAGGCUUGUGUCUAAAUUUGGCUUUAUCGUUUUUCCUCUGGUGUGUGCAUUGAUGCAUGUGUAUUCGUGUGUGUGUGUGUGUGUGUGUGUGUGUGUGUGUGUGUGUGUGUGUGUGUGUGUGUGUGUGUGUGUGUGUGUGUGUGUGUGUGUGUGUGUAAGCUCUACAAGGGCCUUAAGCUUUGGAUGACUGCCAUAAUUGUGCUGGUGGGCAGGGAGGCUGUCAAAAAGCGCUCUUUUACAGAAGCCGUUAAUCACAGUUCAUUGUUAAAACAUUUCGAAUGAGACCACACCUGAAACAGACAUCUACUGGUCAGCCCGCCUUAUCUGAUUGAAAAGACACAUCCAUGCUGAUGUGGACUGAUGUGGAAAUGUGUGCCAUCACUGAGUUUUCUAAGAAAUCGUUUUUCUGGUAAUGUUAUCUGUCCAGUCUGCAAAGCAAACUACAGUGACAAAGGUGAUUACCCUCUAUGUUGUCUGUAGGUUAUUUUUAUCUUGGCCAUUGCUCUGCAAAGGUGAUGAAAUAAACCAUUCAACUCUGAAGCUGUCAUGUAAAAAAAGGAAUAUCAGAAAAGAAAAUCAUUAGUUUUUCAUGAUCUUUGUAUUGAUUAAUGCAGGGGUUGACAUCAUGGUCCAUUUACAUUCAUUGAGGUCCAGCCAGCAGUGAAGCUUUGUUAACUUAUUGUUUUCCCAGAACUGUGUUAAUAACCUCUGUGUUUGUCUGGUCAUGUCAGGGUUUGGUGUACACCAUCACGGACGUGGAGGAAGUACACCUUUGGAUGGUGAAACACUUCACUGAACAUCCACUGUUUGCACGUGUCUCUGAUGAAGAGCUGGUAUGUUAAUGUGCAGCAUUUAACGCCUCUGUUUAAAAUUAGGAGUUGGAAUUAUUGAUGAAAAAGUUUGAUGAAGUGCUACAUAAAUAAGAAAACAAGAGAGCCACCUUCAGAUUAGUGUGCUCGAUUUAAUGCUGGAGCCAGUUGUUGAUGCACCUUGUGUGUGCUGCAUUGGAACAAUAAUUGAAAAAUGGUAAAACAAAUCACUUUUAAAUGAUUAAAGGCAUAUUCUGGCAGUAACACCAGUUUAGAUGCCCCCUUGAGAGAUGAAUGUUGCAGACUGCUUGCUUCUCUUGUUAUACCAACUUUAGUAACGACCGCAAGAUAGCAAUACACAGCAGUCUCAGGAGCCACACACAAACCUCAACCAAAAAGCCACUCUAUAGCCACAAAUAAUGCUCAGAACAGCACCUAACUUCAUCAACAGUACAUAUAGGGUCCCAGCCAUAGUUCUAGCCACCAAACAUCUUUUUAACUUUGCCUAAUUUUAGCAAAGAGACUAAACACAAUUUGCCCACUCUCUUCCAGCAGCCGCUUGUUUGUAGCAAGAACUCGGGCAAGUCCAUUACAGACUGCAGUGGGGUGACGCAGCUCAAGGAAGAACAUUUAUAGUCUUUUCUUCAUGGAAAUGCAAUCAGACCGAAACACUAAGGCAGAAGAACUACCACGUCUGUGGUGCAAAACGAUUAAUAUGAUGAUUAUUACUUCAAGGAAAUGAUAAAGUCAUGAUCAUUUAUGUUCUUCCUUGAGCUGCGUCACCCCGCUGCAGUCUGUAAUGGACUGGCCCGAGUUCUCGAUGCAAACAAGCAGCUGCUGGAGGAGAGUGGGUGAGCUGUGUUUAGUCUCUUUGCUGAAGAGAUUAGGCAAAGCUAAAAAGCUGUUUGAUGGCUAGUACUGUGGCAUAGACCCUACAUGUACUGUUGAUGAAGUUAGGUGCUGUUCUGAGCAUUAUUUGUGGCUAUAGAGUGGCUUUUUGGUUGAACACGUGGCUCUCUGUAUUGCUAUCGUGCGGACAUUUCUAAAGGUGGUAUAACUAGAGAAGCAAGCGGUCGGCAACAUUCAUCUUUCGAUGGGGUGUCAAACUCUGUGUUAUGGUGUUUGACCUUCACUAAAUUUUAAUGUCGGAAUAUCCCUUUAACCUCAGCAUGUACCAGAAAAGAAGUCAAAUUGGCUCAGUCGGUUUUGUUGUUUGGUAAUAUUGGUAAUAAUAACUAAUACGAGUUAGUAUAAACUAGCUGAGUGAGUUCAUCUGCCACUUCAUCCUUUAAUGUUAUCAUGUUUUAUCUUGUGUCUGCAGUGUGAGGACGUCAUCAUAAGUCGAUUGGGAACCUGCACAGAGGAAGGAAAGAAAGUUCAGCGAAACGGAGGGAAGAAUUUUCUCGCAGUUUUCCGGAGGAUUGAGGAUUCGGUUUAGGACCAAACAGUUUGGACAUGUGGUGAACUGAAAUAAAAGUCAAAGGCUGCUGCCGCUCUGGAGAGACAGAUGCCAAACUGUUAAGAUCACAUCACACGAUAUAUACAGCACAUCGCAAGAGGAGCAGUUCAUGCCAGGAUCUAACGGCAGACUUAAUUUGAGAUAUGCUUUGUUCUAUUAUAGUUCACUUUUGUUUUAUAAUUUCUUUUGCAAGACUCCAAAGUACUGGUUUCUGAUUACCUGUAAAUCUGAAAACUAUUUUAGUAAAACAAUAGAAAUGAGCAGUUUUUUUUCCUUUUCUUGGCAUGCUGCACUUUGUGCUGCUGUUAUUUUGGUGCCUUUUUUCAUUAAGAACUCAAGUUAGCUGGAUCAGUACUGAAUUAAAAAGAACAGCCUCUUUCUUGAUUUCGGUCCAUGUCCUGGAUUUGAGCGAGGCUUGUCUGAGCACUUUUUUCAGUCAUGCUGGCUUUUGUAACUCACCUUCAUAAAACAGGGUCCUAGUCUUCAGUGAUAUUUGAAACAUAUACAGCUGAUUCUCUAAGCUAAUAUCGGCUUUAUGGUGAUAAUUAACAGUUUUUGGGGCUGAGUCUUAAAUGGAUCAGACUGAGAAGUUUGCCAACAACCUAAUACCGCUUGUUUGCUGUAGGUCAUUAUCUGGUGUAAAGAUAAACCUGCAUGCUGCAGCACGUCCUGCGAGAGGUGAAUGCAGUACUUAGAUUUUUAGCAGCUUAAAUUCAAACAGAAGCAGGUAACAGAUGUCAUUUAAACUUUUUUUUAGACCUUCUUGAUGAAGUUGUUAGAAAAUAGUCUUCAGAAACAAAACUUGAAACCCUUUCUUGUUGAAAGACAUUUUUAGACAGCUCUGUCCUUUGUGACAGUGUCCACAGAUUUAAUUCAAUGUAUCUAGACAUUGCUUCGGAAUUGCAUAUGCUAUCUUAAAAAAAGACCAUUUAUUUCAGCCACUGGCUGUGUCUGGAGCAGACAGUGAAACAGGAUUUUCUCUGCUCACUUUAUGACUUUAGCUGUAUAUUACAGGCUGGUAUUGGUCUGUCAGAAGUCUAAAAGCGGGACAGUGCAGGUUUGAAGCCCUCAUGCUGCUGCAGGGGGUGAUGAUUAAAAACAGGACGGCACAUGCCUGAGUGAAAGAAAGCCAGACACUGGAAAACUUCAGAUGAUGUGGCAGAAGGUAGUUGAAGUACUCGUAAACUAAAAGUCAAGAUAUUGGAAAAUAUCGAGAGAGUGCAUACUUUUCUAAAGGUGUUGGCUUUCUGCCAUUAUUGGACCACUUUUGGCUGACAGGAUGUUUAAUUUGUUCACCUUUAAGUGCUCUGAAUUAUAAAGAACAAAUGUAGUUGUUUAACUUACAUUUGCUGUUUUACAUACUAAAGUUUGUGAAUAUUUAAUGAAACGUGUAGCACAUAGGCUCGUGCACUGGCAUUUGUCCAGACCACUGACUCUACAUAUGUCUACUCCAAUCAAACAACUCGGGUUAUGAUGAAAUAGCUCACCCUUUAUAGUGAUGCAACCUCUCGCUGUGGUCAGCUGUUCCUGUGAAAAGCAAAUUUGCGGAUGCAAAGGAUGAAUGAUUUGUUCUUAAACAAAUAGAAUUUUCUGUGCCUGGGUAACCAAACAUUUGUUCACAGGUCAUGAAAGGAGAUAUAAGUCUCCCAGUCUGCAUAUAAAUCAGAAAAAUGUGUCCCCUAUAGAGAAGUCCUCAUGGAAAUGGAAACAGUUUAACUUCAAGAAAAUAGCAGCUUUUAUGGUGAAUAAUUGAAAACUCCUCUCUUACUUGGACAGGAACAAAGCAAAGUUCAACAACUCGGUUUCAACAAAUCUUUGAUCCAAAUCUCACGGCCCACCAUAACAGUCUCAAAAAAAGAGAUGAGGCUAAAAGCUUCAGAAACACAAAGGAAACAAACCCUCAGCUGAGACUUAUUUGCAAAGCUGCCCUAUCACAGUGAACUUUAUAGCUCAGUUGUCUGACUUGCUUCCUGAGGUCUUCAGAUUCUUUGGUAACUACAGGAUAUAUUCACUAACUUUUUAUGGUGUGAAAAUGUUAAACAGUCAAGUGCGCUGAAGCCGAAACGCCGAUUGGAUGCUGCUGUCCUGUUAUCACUUAUGAUGACCAUGUGGCAACAGAGUCAUUUCAUUUUUUUCUUUCUUUCUUUCAUCUUAGCACAUACUAUUUAAGUACUCAUAUUCAUCAUUAUCUUGUAUAGUCUUGUAUAGUCUUGUAUAUUUUAUCUAUUUUUUGUAUUUCUCUUGUAUUGCUUGUAUCGGCUACUAUAACAACCGAAUUUCCCCUCGGGGAUUAAUAAAGUUCCCUAUCUAUCUAUCUA